UGUGCGUGACAGCGCUGUCCAACAUCGGCCUGGGGUCCCUCUGCUGCAUUGGCCGUUUCUUUUCAUUGUUUAAAAGCCCCUCGCCCGCCGCCUCGCUCGCCGAUUCUCACCGACUCGUGUCUGGUCUGGGGCUGGGCUCCUUUGACGAUUCGACGACGCUCGCCAGAAUCGGCGCAUCCUCCCUAAUCGACACCUCUUCCCAACACCUUACCAAGCCGUCAGCAUGUCCUCGUCAGGAUUGACGCGACGCCGUGGAGCUGGCGGCGUCGCUGGCACCGAGGGCGAGAGCAGCAACGGCGUCUCGAGGACCAAUUCGACCCGCGACGCUCGAGACAGCGGCCCCGAGACGAGCUACGAGAGCGGCGAAAACGGCCACAAGAUUGCCUUUGACCCUCGAGACAUUAGCGAGUCGGCCGAGCGGAGCAAGCAGCCCAAGCUGACCAUGAUGGAGGAGGUGCUGCUGCUUGGUCUCAAGGACAAACAGGGAUAUCUGUCGUUCUGGAACGACAACAUUUCGUACGCGCUCCGAGGAUGCAUCGUGCUGGAGCUUGCCUUCCGCGGGCGCAUCAGCAUGGAAAAGGAUCCAGCACGGCGACGGUUCCCCCUGGCAGACCGAAACAUUGAAGUGAUAGACGAUACCCUUACCGGCGAGGUGCUGCUCGACGAGGCUCUCAAGAUGAUGAAGCAGAGCGAAAAGAUGAGCGUCAGCUCCUGGAUUGAUUUGAUGAGCGGCGAGACUUGGAACCUGAUGAAGAUAGGAUACCAGCUCAAGCAGGUCCGCGAACGAUUAGCCAAGGGCCUGGUUGACAAGGGCAUCCUACGGACGGAGAAGCGUAACUUCCUUCUCUUCGACAUGGCCACCCACCCCGUUGCCGACGGCGGAGCCAAGGAGGAGAUUCGCCGCCGCGUGCGCAACGUCCUGACCCAGCGCACCGUCGUCCUCAACGGCAGCCAGUUCCUGCCCGAGAACCUCGAGUUCCGCUACCUGCGCACCGUGUCCAUGGUGUGUGCCGCAUACGCCGCCAACGUCCUGGAGAAUGCGCUGUCCACGCUGGGCCACGAGGCCAGGGAGCGGGCGUUUGCGCAGACGGACGAGCUGCUGGCGGAUUACAGCCAGUACCCCUUUGGCAAGAAGGCUACGGGCAAUGGCAUCGGAGCCAACCUCCCGCAGGUCAUAGCCGAGGAGGUGAACAAGGCCAAGGACAAGGAACUGCAGCUCGAAAUCGUGGCGGCCUGUCUGAGCGUCUUUACCAGACUCGACUCGCUUCUAUAAACCCUGACCCGUUCUAGACGAACCGACCGCUAUACCACUUCCUAAUUCGAUUGUAAUGAUGACAGAAAACAAAAGGCCAAAUCGAUUCCCCCUUCUUUCUACGGAUACAUCUUCUUCAACCAAAAAAAUCUCACCACAAGACCUCCUUUUCAUCCAAACCCCCCUCUUCCAUGCUCUCUCAAAAGAUAUCUAAAGAAAACAGUACCCAAAAAAAUG